AUGUCACGUCGAUCGAUGACGGUAAUCAUCAUUGAGAUAGGCUCGGUACCAUGGCGAAUGAAUAAAAUAGUCCGUGGAAAGUCUAGAUACAGCGAGGUAGAGACGACUAGCUUGUUAAAAAUAAUAAAACUGGGUACAGCUAAUGUCAUAUGUAACCUGCAACGAAAGUUCGUAAAGUUGAAAGAAAAGAAGGGGAAAAAGGUGGGAAGCUAA